ACUCAUGUCCCAGCAUACGGCAAGUUGCGUCACUCGACCAAAGUCGUGCAACCGCCUGUAUUAACGGUAGCGAUGAGUAUAGCCGUAUGGCGCCAACACAGCGUUGGCACUUGACGCCGGUUGAUCGAUUAAAGGCCUAAUGACUUAGCCAGAACCGAGAAAUAAGUUACAUUGAGUAAGCUGUGCCAUAAGUCCGACGGAGAUAAGCUGCGAGAACCGAUAUAAAGACCGAUCGACUUCCACUCAGCUUGAUCCUCCACCACUACCACCUCUCAGAGCUGUAGUAACCUCACCUUAAACGCGAGAUAUCAUGCAGAUUUUUGUGAAGACCCUCACCGGCAAGACCAUCACCCUCGAGGUGGAAUCCUCUGACACGAUCGAUAACGUCAAGACCAAGAUCCAAGACAAGGAGGGGAUUCCUCCAGACCAGCAGCGCUUGAUCUUCGCCGGCAAGCAGUUGGAGGAUGGUCGCACGUUGUCAGAUUACAACAUUCAGAAGGAGUCGACUCUUCACCUCGUCCUUCGCCUUCGUGGUGGCAUGCAAAUAUUUGUUAAGACGUUGACGGGGAAGACUAUUACACUUGAGGUCGAGUCCUCGGAUACCAUUGACAACGUCAAGACUAAGAUUCAGGACAAGGAGGGCAUUCCUCCAGACCAACAGCGCCUGAUCUUUGCCGGAAAGCAACUGGAAGAUGGACGUACACUCUCUGACUAUAACAUUCAGAAAGAAUCUACCCUUCACUUGGUCCUUCGUCUUCGUGGUGGAAUGCAGAUUUUCGUCAAGACCCUUACUGGCAAAACAAUUACACUGGAAGUCGAGUCUUCCGAUACGAUUGACAAUGUCAAGACUAAGAUACAGGAUAAGGAGGGGAUUCCCCCGGAUCAGCAGCGCUUAAUUUUCGCCGGGAAGCAGCUUGAAGACGGUCGUACCCUUUCGGAUUAUAACAUUCAGAAAGAGUCAACGCUUCAUUUGGUUCUUCGUCUUCGUGGUGGAAUGCAAAUUUUCGUCAAGACUCUCACUGGAAAGACGAUUACCCUGGAAGUCGAGUCCUCCGAUACGAUCGACAAUGUCAAGACGAAAAUACAGGAUAAGGAGGGCAUCCCCCCAGACCAACAGCGUUUAAUCUUUGCGGGCAAGCAACUCGAGGAUGGUCGCACUCUUUCGGAUUACAACAUUCAGAAGGAGUCAACACUCCACCUUGUCCUUCGUCUGCGUGGUGGCAUGCAGAUUUUCGUCAAGACUCUCACCGGAAAGACGAUCACUCUCGAGGUCGAGUCGUCCGAUACGAUUGACAACGUGAAGACGAAAAUACAGGACAAAGAAGGUAUUCCUCCCGACCAGCAGCGUUUGAUCUUCGCUGGCAAGCAACUUGAGGACGGGCGUACUCUGUCUGAUUAUAACAUUCAGAAGGAGUCCACUCUUCACCUUGUCUUACGUCUUCGUGGUGGUCUAUGAACGCCUUCAUGACCGUACAGAAGUAUCACUUCACGUCAUCGCCUUGCCCACUCUUUCUCGUGUCUGUUUGUUGCAUGUCGUCGCAUGUCAUUUAGUGUACUCGGUUCACGAUGAAAGCAUUUUUCUAUUGCGCAUAUACCUCUACAUGAUGUACCUGGUCCGAUCUCUCUUUGAGCAAGCCUCUAUUGAUGCGAAUGCAUGUUCCUCCACA